UGGGUCUUGUGUUCUGAAGUGAGGGGCUACUGUGAGAGAUAACUGAGACUGGGACUAGUAUGUGAUAAAUGUUAGUAACUACUAGAACAGCAACUGAAGAGUACUAGCAGCACUUAACGAGUCUAUAACCUCGAAACAGACAGUCGUCCCUGAGGGAACACACGAGGAACACGCGCUGAGGCAGCAGUGAGUCAGUGUGAGUCUCGGAGAGAGCUGUGAAAGAGUCACUCCACCGCGACACACGGCGAGCAGGUGCUCCAGUCUCACCUGAGGAGCACACCAUGAGGAUCUAUCCCGCGGUUCACCUGUGCGGAUACAAUGCUGCCGCGGCUUAACCGUACUGAGUUUUCCUGAAGAGUUCAGCACUCCUCGCGCUUCCCUGCGGAGUCUCUGGAAUAUCGGGCGAAUAUGAAAGUGACAGUGUGUUUUGGAAGGACGCGGGUGGUCGUUCCCUGUGGGGAUGGGAAUAUCAAAAUACACAGUCUCAUUCAGCAAGCGACAAUGAGAUAUAAAAAAGCCAUAGCCAAGGACCCAGGAUACUGGAUACAGGUGAAUCGUUUAGAGCAUGGAGACGGAGGCAUUUUGGACCUGGAUGAUGUGCUGUGUGAUGUGGCCGACGACAAAGACAGGCUGGUGGCGGUGUACGAGGAGCAGGACCCUCAUCAUGGCGGAGACGGCACCAGCGCCAGCUCCACAGGCACCCAGAGUCCAGAGCUCUUCAGCACGGGUGAGCUCAACUCAAGCAACCUGUCGGCCUUCCAGCCCUACCAGACCAGCAGCGAGAUCGAGGUCACCCCGUCGGCCCUCAGGACCAACAUGCCCUUGCAUGUGCGCCGCAGCAGUGAUCCGGCUCUGGCUGGCCUGCCCGAAGCCCCGGUGCAGCCAGAGGAACCAUCUCGUAAAAACCCCACACGAUGGUCCACCACAGCAGGCUUUCAACGACAAGCCAACAACACCAGCGAAACCAACAGCCUAGAGCAAAAGGGUAAGGGUCUGGAAGCGUAUCGCAGCCUGCCUCAUGAUGUUGUUUCCUGGGCCACCCAGUUUCAGAGAGAAAAUGCUCGCUCCUCCCUCAGUGCCAACCAUCCCAUGGUGGACCGAUGGCUUGAGCGUCAAGAGCAGGAAGAAGAAGAAGAAGAAGAAGACGAGGAGAGAGCAGACAACGGGAGGAACGGCCGGAUAGAGCCGGUGGGACGGGCAGAUUCCUGUGUGGAAUCAGCUUCACUCGAUGAAAUGUUGAAGCCGGUUGAGGUGUCCAAUGUCGGUGGGCCGCUAGGAAUCCAUGUGGUGCCUUUCAGUGCCAGAGACAGAAGGACGCUGGGUUUGUUAGUGAAGAGGCUGGAGAGGGGCGGGAAGGCGGAGCAGGAGGCUCUGUUCCAGGAGAACGACUGUAUCGUCCGGAUUAAUAACGCAGACCUGCGCAACAUCCGAUUCGAACAGGCCCAGAAUUUGUUCAGACAGGCCAUGCGUUCUCCACUCAUCCUGUUCCAUGUGGUUCCAGCGGUGAAGAAAGCCAAAUACGAGCUGCUGUCUCAGAAUGAGCUGGGUCUUCAGGCCGCUCCGGGCCCCGGGGACAGGGCCAGUCUGGUGGGAGGAGGUGUGGACUACGGGCCGCGGAGAAUGUCCAAAGCUGAAUUCACCCUGGGCUAUCCCACGUUACCACACAUAGCAAACCCAUCAAACAAGACCCUGCCGGGCCCCAUCCAGUCCUCCAGACCCACCAGUGCCUCCUCCUCCGUGGGCUACUCUAAAAAGAUCGGCCGCAAGUUCAGCGUCCAGCUGAGGAAAGGUCCGGAGGGCUUGGGUUUCAGCAUCACCUCCAGAGACGUCCCGAUUGGCUCUUCUGCCCCCAUAUAUGUGAAGAACAUCCUCCCGCGUGGAGCCGCCAUCCAGGACGGCCGUCUGAAGGCCGGAGACCGGCUGCUCGAGGUAAACGGAGUGGAUCUGAAUGGUAAGACUCAGGAGGAGGUUGUGGCUCUGCUGCGCUCGACUCCCAUGGGAGGCACUGUAGGUCUUCUCAUCGUCAGACAAGAGGACGCUCUCCUGCCCCGCGAAGUGAAAGAACAAGACGACUUAAUUUUGACCCCGGAUGGAACGCGAGAGUUUAUGACGUUUGAAAUCCCUCUCAAUGACUCGGGUUCGGCCGGGCUAGGGGUCAGCGUCAAGGGCAAUAGAUCUAAAGAGAGCCACGCUGACCUGGGCAUCUUCGUGAAGUCUAUAAUCACUGGAGGAGCCGCCUGCAAGGACGGGCGGCUGAGGAUAAAUGACCAGCUGAUAGCCGUUAAUGGAGAGUCUCUACUGGAGAAAACCAAUCAGGAAGCGAUGGAGGCCCUCCGCACAUCCAUGUCCAUCGAGGGCAACAAGAGAGGCAUGAUUCAGCUGAUCGUGGCCCGGCGGGUCGCAGGGAGGGGAGAGGAGGCUUCAGGUAGCCCGUCUGUGCCUCUGAACUCUCCACAAGACGAACAUGAGCGACGGAUCUCUCAGUCGCUGUAUCCCGGAGAGAGCCUGGAUGACAACCACACCCCACGACCCACCAUGAUGGGUAGAAUGAUGGGUCACUACCAGCUGUCCCCCACCGUGAAUAUGCCCCAGGACGACACAGUCAUCAUUGAAGAUGAUAGGCCACCUGUUCUUCCUGCCCGCUUGUCUGACCAAUCAUCAUCCAGCUCCCACGAUGACAUGGGAUUUGUGACUGAAAUGCCAGGAUCCUGGCCCAAAGAUGUUCAGAUACAGGAUGAAAGCACACUCAGUCCAGACGCAGAUAUGGAUGACGUGUUUCAGAGGGAAGGCUUCGGCCGGCAGAGCAUGUCAGAAAAGCGGACCAAACAGUACAGCGAUGCCGCUCAACUGGAGAUCAUCAAGAGUCGCAAGUCAAAGAGUAUGGACCUAGUAACUGACGAGUUUAACCUCACUCCCCGCACAGAGAGGACAGAAGGCAACUCUACGCGAGAUGUGGGACCGUCGUUGGGCUUGAAGAAGUCGAGUUCUUUGGAAAGCCUCCAGACAGCUGUUGCCGAGGCGACGCUCAACGGAGACGUCUCGUUCCACAGGCCACGCCCCAGAAUCAUCAGGGGGCGGGGCUGCAACGAGAGCUUCCGGGCGGCCAUCGACAAGUCUUACGACAAGCCAGGUGUGACCAUAGUCAACCCCGAUGAAGACGACGAAGGGAUGGAAACGUUGGAAGAAGAUACAGAGGAGAGCUCACGAUCAGGCCGCGACUCCAUUUCCACAGCCACUGACCUCACCCUCCCACCCUCCAACACAGAGAAACAGCUGAACGGAGGGCGCACCAAAGAGGACAAGAAGAAGGGGCGAGGAGAGAAGGACAAGAAAGACAAGAACAAAGCAAAGAAAGGCGUGCUGAAGGGCCUUGGCGACAUGUUCAGGUUCAGCAAAAACCGCAAAGAUGAGAGGCAAGGGGACAAGAUGGAGCGGAAGGGGUCCAGCAAGAGCAAGAUGAAGGAAGCUCAGGCCACGGAGGAGGAGAUGCAGAGAAUGAGGCUCUAUCAAAAUAGCCAAACGGCUGCAAUUCAAGCGAAGACCAGGGAGCUCCGAGAGCGACAGGCCAGAGAGCGAGACUACGCUGAGAUCCAGGACAUCAACCGCACCUUCAGCUCCGACGAGGAGCACACCUACGCCGGGAUCGGCUCUCUGGACUCGUCCCUAGACAGCUGCAUGGACCUGAGCCAUAACCCUGGUCCAGAGCGUCCACAGAGCCCCCAAGAACAGGCCUUGCCCCUAGAGGCUCUCUACGCACAGGUCAACAAGCCCCGCAACGGACGCCCACCAUCUGCAGACGGCAACCGACUGGCACCCAGCAACCAUGACCGGAUACAACGUCUACGGCAAGAGUUCCAGCAGGCCAAGCAGGAGGAGGAACCUGAUGACCGCCGUCGAUCCUACAGCUUUCAACAACAACAGAGGACCAACACGGGUUCUUAUACACCGACGGGGCGGCACUCGGUUUCUGUGGAGGACCAAAUGCAGAAGCAGAGAGAGGACAGAGACUCUUUCACACAAGCCCAGAGGCAAUACAACUCCUUACCGCGACAACCACGUAAAAACCCUAGCACCGUGUCUCAAGACUCUUGGGAUAAAGUCUAUCCUCCUGGCGAGGUCUUUCACUCCGCCAAAGAGAACCCGCGCUAUUCCAGCUACCAGGGAUCCCGCACUGCCAACGGCUACCUGGGCGCCACCGCUGCCACGGGCCUGAACGCUCGUGUCCUCCUGGAGACCCAAGAGCUCCUGAGACAGGAACAGAGACGAAAGGAGCAAGAGGCUAAAUCCAAGCUACCUGCUAUGGAGGAGACACCAACCUCAAGCCAAACCCCUGUUCCUGCUCCACCCAAAGGCCCCUACCGACAAGACGUGCCACCCUCGCCCACCCAACUCGCCCAGCUCAACCGUCUACAGACCCCUGAGAAGGGCCGCCCCUUCUACUCCUGAGACGAGAGAUCAAAACUGUAGGAAAAACUGUAUGACGGCAAUAAUAUUGAAUGGAGAGAGACAGAGCUAUAAUAUGGAGACUGUAUGGAGGAUUGGUUUUGGAGGUUUUUCUGAGGGUUACCAAGUUUUUGUACUCUAUUAUGGAAUCUUUGUAUACACUAAAGAUCUUCGUCAACUAUCCAUCUCCCAUUCUUACUUUUGACAAAUGUGUAUGUGUUUGUCUAAUUCACUGACGUUAUGGCACUAGGUACUCUUGACAAUCACAUGACAGUCGCCCGAGGCUUUGAUACAUGAUUUCCACCAUAUUGUGACCUACAUAUCUUGUUUUUGUCAAGUGUUUUGAGAAAAACAAGUAGGUGGGUGAAUUUCACUACACCUGUCAGAAAUAUGUCUAGGUCAUGUUUCACCACAAAAUCUAAAUAAAAAAUAAAAAAUAAAAAAUGCAAUAUUUAGUUAUAAAACGAAGUUUGUUUCUAGGUCUAUAAAGAUUUUUUUUUUCUUUUUCAUUGUGUUUCAUCCCUAGAGCCCUGCUCGUGACAUUCUUUUUUAAAUAUGUAUUAUAGAAACAAAUUAAGAAUUUGUUCCCAUAUUUUACAACUAUCUGCAUUAUGUUCUCUGAGAUGUGUUACGUUAGUGAGAGUUUUGUGGGUGUAGGUGUGCAGUAUGUGUUCAGGGCGAGUGUGUUUUUUUGCCCAUGUACUCCAGCAGUGUAGCUGAACUCGGCUUAUAGAGUCUGAGAGGUUAUAACCCCACUACCCUCCCAUCUCCACCCACUAUGUGAUUCUUCUGCUUUGACCCUGAGUUAGUGGCCUCUGUUCCUCCACUACUAAGAUGGUAAAUGUACAAUAAAUGUACAGAAAUUCAGGAAUUAGAAAUUUUUUGUAACUUGUUUAAAAUACUUCCAGAAAAGCAAAGAAUUCGGUUUGGUGCUUCCUAAUAGAAAAUAGAAAAGUUUUUUUUAUGUCUACACAAAGCAAUGUUAUUCCAUAGCUAUGAUUUCAUCCACCUAUUUUGUAAUAUUGCAUAAAGAAACUCUGCAUGGAAACACCAAGAUUUAAAUUGUUAAAAUGUGCAUAAAAAGGGUAUAAUUUCUUUAUUCGAUUAGAAGAUAUGCUCAUAAACUAAGAUGGAAACACAUUUUACAAAUAAAUUCUGCAGUGCACUUCAAAAAACUCAUGUGGCUUUGCCUCAACAGUGCAUGUGAUUGCAGAACUGAACUAACCUGCACACCGUUCUCAUCACAAACCAUCUCAAAUUUUGUUUCAGUCAUUCUGAAAUUGGGUUUCAUCUGCAUGCUCUGAGACGCAAGUCAUUUAUUAUGUAAGUUUCCCUGGUUGCAGCAACUUUCAUUGAUGAAAGCAGUGUUUUAUUUGCAAAUGUUUUAUGCAAUAUUCUAAUUUUGCGCAUAAGUUAAUUUGGCGGAUUUGGAUGGAAACAUAGCUAAUGAGAUCAAAUGUAAAUUUCUUUUAUCAGGAAUCUGUGAUUUUGACAAAAAAAUAAAUAAAUAAUUCUAUGACAAGUGGUUGGAGGGGAGGGGCUUAAAAAUUUGCGGGAUUGAUGAUGUCAUCCAAAAUGGAAAAUCAUUUUAAAAGUGGAGCAUGUUUUUGAUGAAAGACGAUGUUAACUUUUUUUUUUUUUUUUAAGUUCACAGAGCUUGCAUAAUAACCUCAGGAACAUGUUAACUUUAAUGCUUCGUAUCAAGGCAGUGUGCUUGUGUGUGUGUGUUACUGUUAUACCCAGUAGGUGUGGGUGUGACUCUGACCUUUGCCUUCAUACAAACUGUCUUUGGUUUCAGAGACUCGGCCAGAGACUAGUUUUGUUCAACACUUUAGUUUUUUCACAACAAAGUUCAGGUUACAGCUCAAGCCACAGUAGCCACGGAUAAAGUCCAUAACCUGUUUAAAGAAGCAGUUCACCUAGUAAUGAAAAUUCUGUCAUCUGCUCUCUCUCAUGUCGUUCUAAACCUGGAACACAAAGUGUAGUCCAUGCUUUUCUCUUAAAACGCAUGUCAAGUUGUCCAUAUGACUUCUAUGAUAAAACUUGUCUAUAUACUUUUAUUUUAUUUUUUUCAGCCUGCCAGUCUGUUUUAGUUAUAUAAAAAAAGAAAGUCCAUUCUUCAAAACAUUGUCAUGAAUGAGAAAAAGUACAUUUUUCCAAGAUUAUCCCUUUAAAUCCAGCUGCCUUCUAACUAUUCAUUCAAAAAUUCAAACCACUCUAACAAACGUCAUGUGACUUUUAUGUGUGCUGUAUGUUUUUUGAUAUGUGUGCGUGUGUGUGGGUUUUGCGUGGGAUUGUGUAUCACCAGUGCCUGUAACAUGACUCUCUCUUGUCUACGAACUGUAUCUUGGCAGGCACAUGAAACACUUGGCCACAUUUUUCAGAGCUGAAGCUAAAAGAGCUCAAUAAGCUCUCACAAAAGGGAAAGCCAGGCCCAUUGACCGAUGUAGUUUCCUCCAAGUUUCUUCCUGGCGUCUCACUCUGUCUCGGAUCCAUUCAUUAUGGAAAAUGUUCAGUAUAUCUGCUCUAUUCUUCUCUGACUUUGGUACUGCCUCCCAAAAUUGUUCGGGGUUCUGUGGUACAACAUGGUGUGCUUCUAAUAUUGUAUCUACAAACAGACAUUUCCAUAGCAGCUUUUUUUUUUUUUUUUGGUGCUGGCUGCUUAUCUGCUAUUUUAUAUCACAUUGUAUACACGAGACGUUUUUGUUGGGAAGUGCCUGUGAAGAGGGAUGUUUUUGUAUGUUAAAAGUUUAACGUGUCGCCAAAUGCACAUAUUUUUAAAAUGAAAUUAUUGUAUUCCUUUGUCUUUCUCUGAUCUCACAGCAUUUGUUUUAAUCAUUAAAAGAAAGCAAAGAUUAAUCUGCACAUUUUAAUGUAUUUGUAUGACAUUUUGUCAUCUAUGUAAGUCGUAGGUACUAUGGAGUUUGAUUCCUGUAUGCAGAGUGAAAAUGGUUUUACACAAAGUUUUCACCUGAUGUGUCAAAAUAUAAAGCUUCUCUGUACAUAUCAAAUCUAUAUUCAAUAAAAAGUUUCUCCAUUCUGUU